AUGAGCAAUCGUUACAAAGAACAAUUUCCCAGUAUAAAAUUACAACUGUGUCCUCUCCUGGAAUCUUUAAAAGUCACCCAAAGUUCACAAUUUGUUUCAAAUUUGGUGUCCAAAUUUUUGCUGCCAAUAAUCACCAAAUUUCGAGAAGGCGACCAAAAGUUUCCUGAUCGUUGCGCAGUAUCAGCGAGAAACUACAGAUUGAUGUUGAAGUCUCUUCAUGUAGAUUACAUAAACACAAAUUUGGCCUUUUUGCAUAAAAUGGAAGUCCAAAAAUUGAACAGAUCUUAUGCUUCGAUGUUUGUAAAUGUGACGAUCAAAAAACCUUUGGAAAACCUUGUGGGCGAAGGACAAUUAUACAAACGUAUGAGCAAUCGUUACAAAGAACAUUUUCCUCUCGUAAAAUUACAACUUUGCCCAAUUUUGGAAUCUGCAAAAGUCACCAACAACAAUUCCUCAUUUGUCACCAAUUUUGUCGCCAAAUUUGCCCAGCCGAUUGUGGCCAAAUUUCAAAAAGAAGGAGGAAAUUUUCCAAAACGUUGUCCUAUACCAGCGGAUAAUUACCAUGUGAAUUACCAUUUGGAUGAGGAUUUGUUUCCUGCUUUUUUGUUGCCAGAAGGCACUUGGAAACUUGCUGGCAAUUUGAGUGUUGCCAAAAAUUUGGUUGUGGGAUUGAAUUGUGUUUUUGAUAUUGUUACUUAUUCUUCAGAAAAACAGAAAAAUAAAAUGGGUUGA